AUGGACCAAAUGGACGACAUGCAGGACAGGCAUCGCAUGCCCUCGUCGUAUCACACCGAAAAUGGGGCACGAGGUGAGCUACGUCCAACAGGUGUGCGGCCCUUUGCCGCCAAGGCCUUUAAUUUUACCAGGAAAGUUAUCUGCCCGUCUUUUCGUGUCUGGACCGUCAUGAGCGUGGUACCGUCAGUGGCGCUUUUGGCGUCCACUAUCACCUGUGGCAAAAGCGUGGCCGCCACAAGAUCAGGCCAGUAUAGGGCAAGCGCCUUGUAG